AUGGUCAGGAAGGAAGCCGCCAUAACAAGUCUGCACCUCUCUCUCUCUCUUAUCCCCUCUUCUGAGUCUUCUCCGAAUAACCAAGUGCGGUAGUGGUAUUAUUUCUCUAGAGACGUGUAUAGAUUACAGAGGUAUUCUUCUACCAAUCAAAACGGUAGCAUCCGAGGGGCCCUAGAGGGCUUGCACCAGCGCCGGCGGCGGCGAUUGCGUCCAUGAACAGUGGUGGAUUCGAUCCAGUUUUCUCCUCUCAAGAAGGUGUAUCCUUUGUCAAACAAAGAUUGUUUGUUCAUCAGUAAUGCUCAUGUUAGAAGGACUCGAAAGAUGAAAAAAGCAAAACCACUGCUUAUGACUGGAGGAAAUUAUGAUUUAAAGGAUGAUGAACUUUAAAAAGUGGAUUUCUUGCCAACUGGUUUCUAAAUCAUAUCUGUCAGCAAGACCUUUCAGCUUCUUUGAUGAGGAGUCACCAAAUGGGGAUGUUGGCAGUCGAGCUACGAUGGAUGCGGUGAGCAUGGCAAGAACAGUAUCUUCUGGUGCUCCCCGGUCCAGUAAUAAUCAAGUAACUGAAUUUCCAGCCAGCCCGCAGAAUGUUACAGCUGAUGCUUCUCAUCUAGUGCAAUAUAACGAUGAUGAUAAUAAUGCAGACCCACUAAGCAAAGUUGAAGCUCUUCAAAUCAAGUUCUUGCGUCUUGUCCAUCGGAUUGGACAGCCACCAGAAAAUCUUGUAGUUGCACAGGUUUUAUACAGGUUGCAACUUGCAAGCAUGAUACGAGCUGGGGAGUCAGAUGUGAAGAGACCUGGUCUUACGAUCAAUAAGGCUAAAGCUAUAGCAGUAGAGCAAGAGGCUGCUGGUCGACCCCCUGUGGACUUCUCAUUUAAGAUUCUUGUCCUGGGGAGAACUGGUGUAGGCAAGAGUGCAACCAUAAAUUCAAUUUUUGAUGAAGAAAAGGCAGCAACUAAUGCAUUUGAACCUGCCACUGAUAGUAUCCAAGAAGUUGUUGGAUUUAUUAAAGGAAUCAAGGUUACAGUAAUAGAUACACCAGGCCUUUCACCUGCACAUGGUAACCAACGUCGAAAUAGAGAACUCAUGCUUGCGGUGAGAAGUUUUAUAAGAAAAUCUCCACCAGACAUUGUUCUAUAUUUUGAACGGCUUGAUGCCAUCAACAGGGGCUACAGUGAUUACCCACUACUGAAGCUUAUAACUGAUGUUUUUGGUUCAUCCAUCUGGUUCAACACCAUGCUUGUCAUGACUCAUUCUUCCUCGCCGCCUUCCGAAGGACCUGAUGGUUACCCUGUGAGCUUUGAAACAUUCGUUGACCAGCGUACACAUUUGGUGCAGCGUUAUAUAAACCAGGUAAUUUCCAACUCGCAGCUUGAGAUCCCUGUCCUUUUGGUGGAGAACCAUUCAUUGUGUAUGAGAAAUACAAAAGGCGAAAAGGUUCUACCAAAUGGUCACGUUUGGAUGUCUCAGUUUUUGGUGUUGUGCAUAGCCACUAAGGUCUUGGGGGAUGCAAACUCCCUUCUAAAAUUUCAGGACAGCUUUCAGUUGACACCAACAAGCACCAGAUUGCCUUCACUGCCACAUCUCCUGUCAUCACUGCUUCGCACCCGUUCUUCAUCAAGUGGCGGUGGCUUUGAUGAUGAGGUGGAUGAGCUCUCAGACAGUGAUGAGGAUGACUAUGAUCAGCUACCCCCUAUCCGGAUAUUAACAAAAGCUCAGUUUCAAAAAUUAUCUAGAGCUCAAAGGAAUGCUUAUCUUAAUGAGCUGGACUAUCGUGAAACUUUGUUUCUGAAGAAGCAGUGGAAAGAGGAACUUAGGAGUAGAAGAGAAAGCAUGCUUCCUACCAAUGGUACAUCUGUAGGCAAUGAUGAUUCUGAGAAUGGUGCUUCCCAAGAAGCCGUGCAAUUGUCUGAUAUGACUGUCCCACCAAGCUUUGACUCUGGUUGUCCUACCUAUAGAUAUCGAUAUUUUCUUAGCAAUGAUAAGUGGCUUGUGAGGCCCGUUUUGGAUCCCCAAGGCUGGGAUCAUGAUGUUGGGUUUGAUGGGAUCAAUUUGGAGGCUUCUCUGGAUGUGAAAAAGAAUCUCCAGGCUACACUUGCGGGACAGGUAAGCAAGGAUAAAAAGGAAUUUGUUAUUCAAGCAGAAUCUGCAGUGAAGUACAUGGAACCAAGAGGCCAUGCUUUGCUUUCAGGAAUUGACAUUCAAACUGCUGGUAAGGAUUUAGUAUAUACUGUUCAUGGAAAUGCAAGGUUUAGAAACUUUCAAUUUAACACAAUUGGAGGUGGGCUUUCUGUGACCAAAUUUGGUGGUGUGCACUUUAUUGGUGCCAAACUUGAGGACUCCAUUUCAGUUGGGAGGAGAUUUUUGCUGGCGCUGAACGCUGGGCGGAUGGGGGGCUGUGGUCAGGUAGCAUAUGGAGGGGGUUUAGAAGCAACCAUACGAGGGAGAGACUACCCUGUUAGGGAUGAUAGAGUGGUGCUUGCCGCCACUUUACUUUCCUUGGAUAAAGAGUUGGUUCUAGGGGGAAGUAUUCAGUCAGACUUAAGAGUUGGCCGUGGUACGAAGAUGUCUGUUAGUGCCAAUUUGAACAAUAGAAGGUUGGGUCAGGUUUGCGUAAGGACCAGCACUUCAGAACAUGUUGAGAUAGCACUGGUAGCAGUUUUUUCGCUAGUUCAGGCCUUAUUUCGGAGAAGGCCGACUGAUGCUGUGGGCUGAUGGAGAAACAUUAGUUUUCCUAUUAGUUGAUAAAUAAACAGAAUAGAAGUACCAAUAGUUUUGUUCUUCUUGUGAUGCUGAGAGACAAGUUAGUGGUGCGGCUUUUUUCCUGUUGGACAUGCCUCCUACCGUUCCGAUUCUUCAAGGGCCUAUGAAUGUACAAUAGUGAUGGGAGAUGACUCAAUUGGAUAUGCUAAUGAAUUUUAGAGGCAAAGAAAGCUCUUCAAGAUUUUUUUUGAGCCUGCACAACUCAUCUUUGCAUGGGUUUACUAUUAUUUAUAUGCAGAUCUUGGCAGAUGAUGCCUCCGUACGUGCACGAGGUAAUUAAAGCUGCAAAUAAUGCAUUGACGCAGAACUGCAUUAUCUUCUUUGCUUUGAUGGGUUCUUUUUGUUGCGAGAUAUACUGCCAGCACCUUUCUUUUUGAUGAAAAUGGUGACAUCAGGUUUACCUAAAAUGCUGAACUAACAGGAAUGGCAAAAUGCCUGGGUGAUGAGCCCUCUAUGAGCAGAAAUUUUAGGUGGGCUUCUGAACAUCUCGUAAUUAUUUGGAUGGUUGUUUCAACAUUGCUUGAAAGUUGAAACAGAUUCAUAUACCAGUACUGCCUUUAUGAAUUGAGCAGGGAGAAAUUAGAUGGAUUACAUCUGAUUUUGGUUACGAGGUGAAUGACCCGAAAAAUCCAAAAAAAAAUAUCAUUCUGGGGAUACAUCAAUACCAUCAGCAAGGCUGAUACAGAAACCCUAUGAUUUUGAAGGGUGCAACGGCAGAUGGUAUACAACUUCUAGUUAUAACACACAUCAGUUACAGCAAAUGUAAUCUGAAUGAGUUCCUAAAUGCCGAAGUUCUUCAAUUCCUCAUGUCACCAAAAUGUUGCUCUAUAUUUACCAAAAUGCUUAUCUUCAUCCAGACUCAAUGCUACUAUGCCUCGAGUGUUUUAUUAGUCUCAUUUGCGGCAAAAAGGAUCAAGGAAAAAAAAGGGGGGGGGGGGACAAAGACUUGUUCAUGUUCUUGUCCUCUAAUUACAUGAGAACAAGUUCUUGUCCUCUAAUUACAUGAGUUCAAUGGGCAUUUUGAUAUUGUUUUUUUUUUUUAUGUCUUUUUAACAAAACUCUUAUUAUUGUAAACAUGGUACCAAUGGCACUGUACCAAAACAACACUUGGUACCAUGAUUUGUCCCCUAAA